UUUCACUCGACGAAGAGUUGUUCUGUCAAAGUUUUUCACUUUAUUCUGCGAAAAAUCUUGGGAAAAUGGCUCAACUCCUGUCUCACUGCUUCCGCCGUGCAUUUUCCGUGUCAUCAGUUCGAGGAUCUAGCGCCGCUGCGUCAGCUGGAGAUCAUGCGGGUGGUGUGAAGCUGUGGAAGCGUCUCUCCUUCUUCGUCGCUUUUCCGUCGGUGGCGCUUUGCAUGCUGAAUGCGUACUUGGGCCACCAGAAGGAUCAUGGCAAACCACGUCCGGAAUUCGUGCCGUACGAGCACAUGAGGAUCCGCACCAAGAGAUUCCCAUGGGGCGAUGGAACGAAGAGUCUCUUCCACAACCCCCACGCCAAUCCUCUGCCCACUGGCUACGAGACCGAGGAUACCCAUGCUCACCACUAAGCGGUGGCGCAUUUGCGUGACUAUAGUUGGAUGUGAGAUACUUGUAAGAGAAAACUAAUAAAAUUUCAGGAGAAUCAUAGAAA